AUGGCAGAGAGAAGCCAUGAGUGUCGGGAACGAUGCUACGGAAUAAUCCAGAAGAGGCUGCCGGUGCUAAAGUGGCUUCCCAAAUAUUCUCUACAAUGGCUGCAGCUUGAUCUCGUUGCUGGACUGACGGUGGGAUUGACUGUUGUGCCACAAGCUCUUGCCUACGCUGCGUUGGCUGGCCUCCCAGUGCAGGUGAGGCUAUUGACCCAGAAGCUUUAGUUGCCUUAGUGUAGCAUCUAUUGAAUAUUUCAUUUUCUGUUUUUGCUUGAAAAAUAUAGAUCCAAUUCCAGAGGAAAGCAGCUUUAGAGUUAAUGAGCUCUGAGAGUCUCUAGCAGACUGUGGCUGCCUGGAGUAAAUCAAAGGUCAAUGAGCGGGAAUUACCAGUUCUCUGAAAUACUUUUUACUGUUGUUUGAUUCUGCUUCUUCCUGUUGUUCCAAGAUAAUAAAUUCUCAGACACCCUCCUUUAAAAGUGUUUUGCCGAGUUAUCAAGCAGACACCUUUUUGUUUCUUUCUCUCUAUUCUUUUCAUUUGAUAAAAGUUUUGACACACACUACAAGUUAAAAUGUACACAGCACAUAUGUAAGACCUUUAUGUAUGACAAGGAUUACACUUUCCUUAGCCAUUCACAGCCUUUUUCUCCCUGAUUCUGCUCUUCUUCCUACAUCACUGCGAUCAGUCUCUAAUUGCCUCCCUCCCUCCCUUAUAGUAUGGCCUCUAUUCCUCCUUCAUGGGCUGCUUUGUCUACUGCCUCCUGGGGACAUCGAAAGAUGUGACACUGGGCCCGACAGCUAUCAUGUCGUUACUGGUUUCGUCCUACGCAUUCCAUGACCCUUCCUAUGCCAUCCUGCUCACCUUCCUCUCGGGCUGCAUCCAGUUAGCUAUGGGGCUGCUGCAUCUUGGUAAGACCUGGAUGGGGCUAUAUUUGGUCAAAUCAGUUUGUUUACGGCCAAUAAUAGCCAAACAGGGAGGCAGAACUGGAGAGAUGACAGGGCAGAUUAUCACUGGUUGUGUACCACAAGAUUCUGAUAGUUGGAGCUGAACAUAAUGCUGUGACCGCAGCCCUCCGUUAAUUACAAUGCUAUGACUUUAGAUAUCUACUCAAAAGUAAGUCCCAUUGAGUUUGGUGCGGCUUUACUUCCAAAUAAGAGGGUAUAUGAUUGAAGUCUUAAGUCUCACAGCUCAUUGAAUUAUAGUGAUUUGUAAUCCCACCUUGUUUCCUAUAGAUUAUCUGUUACUAUCCAAGGUUUUUGUUUUUCAGUGUGUACACAUGUAUGUGUUUAUUGCAAGAGAGUAAUGUGCCCAUUUUGUACAGAUUUGUUUUUAACCUUCAUUUUUUUCAAACUUGGGGACUGGCAAUACUUAAACUAAAACGCCUCAGAAGAAAAUACUUAGAAAAUUAAAAAGUAUCAUACAUUCAGCUCAUCUCUCUUUUCCUUGCUUAGUUCUGUAGCUGCAAGGGCACUAGUUAAACUUGGGUUUCUGCCUUGUGCAUUGAGGCAGCACUAGAUGAGAACAGCCUGCCUCUUCCCAGCUUUGUCCAGCUGCCCCUGCUAUUAGUGCUUGGGAUCGGCAGGAAAUGAAGGACCUGUGGCUCUAGGAAGGCAAGAGACAACCAAAUGACAGACAAAAGUUUCCAGUGACUGUCAGAGCAAUGCAGAAAGGAAUCCAGUAGGCUCAAUUCUGGUGUGGAGCAUUAGGUGGCUCAAAGAGCACAGACCAUAGACCCUUCUUGGCCAAACCAAAGCCAAAUGAAGGAUACUGGGGAGUGGCAUACUGCAACUGCCUCUGUCUCGUUAUGUGUGUGUUGGCAUCCUUGAUGAAUGGAUAGCUUUUGACUGAGGAGCUUGGUAGUUCUGAAUGGACUGAAUGGAGUAUAAUGUGUAGUGAAGUAAGUCCGUUGCGCCUGGUCUUUGUAAGACUUAAUGCGGAUUCUUCAUUCCUGGCAGGUUUCCUCCUGGACUUUAUAUCCUAUCCUGUCAUUAAAGGGUUUACUUCAGCUGCUGCAGUCACCAUUGGCUUCAAUCAAGUGAAGGUAAGGGGUUUUCUUCCCUCACUUGGCCUUUAUCCAGCAAUCCAGGUUCAGCAGUGACAUUUCUUGCUUGUAAAACUCACCUGCCCAUUCUGUAAGAAUAGGAUGGAGGCCAGGCUUGCCUGUUCAAGUAAUUAGAUUUCUCUAAAGGGCUUAAGGAGAGCUCUGUAGCGCUUAUCAAGGGUGAAGCAGGCUGGCUCAAAAAUGCUUGUUGAUAAAACUUAGGAAAAUUGCUCUGCCUUUAUGUGAAGACUCUGGCAAUUGUGAGAACCUGGAAUAUGUAACUAUUUCACAUGCUAUACCCUCUGCCCUCUCUUUUCCUUCCCUUUAUGCAACAUUCCAUGGGAUUAAGUCCUCUUCUACCUCCUCUGGGUUACAGGGUUUCCUGCUUCCCACCUGUUUUAAAUUUAUGGAACCUAAGGAUUCUGUAAACACUAAAUGGCAGCUGGCCGAUCUGUUUAGCUAGCUGGGAUCCCCUGUUUUGGCCACUGACAACCCCACUGAUUUGCCUUCACAGCCCAGCAGCAAGUGUUAAGAGAUUCAUGCCACUGCCAGGCAAGAGAUACCUGAAACAGAGACAAGUAACUAGGGCCUAACCAGCUUUUUUAUGAUCUCAGCUAAUCAUGGUGUUGGUUUAUGAAGCAAAGGGGCCAUGGACCGCCCAGAGUACUGAAACGGACAGUUAUCUGGACAUAUUUAUCCUACCUUCUGCUGCCAUAGAUUUGGGGCUUUUUUUGGAUGUGUGAAUGCUUGAACCGCCUACCAUGUUCCAGCUAGUAUCUUUAAAACGCUGUUCAGUCUGAUGUGGCAUCAAUGCUUCCUUUGUGGUUGGCCACAGUCAGCUAUUCACAGGGGUGAGGGGCAGGCAGCAGCAGCAGAUGAUAGCAAUCACUGGCUGAACUCCUUGUGUUUGCAACAACAGCUCAUUUCAGGAAGUACCUUUGAAAGAGAAGCCCUCUGCUCUUUUUCCACAGAAUGAUUUUAAAGCAGUUAAGGUAGGCAAGAGGUAGCAAGCCUCCUCAGGUGAAAGACCAUCUUUCGUUGUAGUAUGGGCAAAUAAUUUAGCAGAGGUUGUCUGGACAUCUCUUGAUUUUUAUUUUUGUGGAUGGCAGAGACUUAACUUGGAAGUUUGUGUAACUGAGCACAGAAAUAUGAUUUUAUUGUUCACAUACCUUGUCUUACUCGCUUACCCACAGAGUAAGGCAGUGUUGGCAGAAAAGAACAGAGCUCUUUAUUUUUAGGAUAAAGGUUCCAGGACAGCUAUGUCCCUUUGUUGCUGGUAACAUGGAGCACCUCAGAAAUUAUUUCCUAAAAGGAAACACAAUAGGCCAAAUAGAGUGUGGUGGGGUUAUUGUUUGUUACUGUAGUAUGUAUUUUUGUGUUUUUAUAUUGUGAGCCACCCUGUCAUCCUCGAAUGAAGGGCAGUAUAGAAAUAAGAACAACACUUACAGAGACACAAGUAUGCACUUUCUGCAGCUACAUUGUAGUGUGUGUGUGUGUGCGUGCGUGUGUGUGUGUGUGAGAGAGAGAGAGAGAGAGCGCGCGCGCGCGCGCAGACACACUAACUUUUUUCAUCAUCCUGACUUGUGGCUUUAAAAUGUGUUUACAUAGACACUCCUGGGCCUACAGAACAUCCCACGCCAGUUUAUCCUUCAGGUGUACUACACCUUCUGCAGAAUUGGAGAGACAAGGUAAGUCUGUCCCUUGUUUAUUUCUCUCUACAAGAUCUUUAGUCUUCAAAAGUAGCAAGAAUGAUAAAUAGAGAAUCAGUACGUAGGAUACCUCUGGGAAUAACAGAUACCCUUGGACCUCACAAGCAGUUUAUUUUCUUGAAUUUCCAUGAGAUUUGUAAUAGUCAUGCAACUUCACAUCAUUGGGGUGGUGUGUGGUAUGGGAUUCUGUGAUGGAGCUGAAAAGUUGGGUGCUCUUACCAGAGAGCUGAGGGGGGCAGGGGUGAGCAAAGUCUUUUGCCUCAUCCCUGAGAGCUAAAGGCUUUCUUUUAUUUUUUGUAAUGAAGGCUGAGGUGACUAGUCCUAAAAUUAUAGCAACUGAGAGGAUCCUUGGCAUAUUGCCUUCCUGAGCUGUAUGUUUUAAUUGGGUGCACUUGUUGCAUGUAUUGCAUUGAAUGUCUCCAAGGUGCGCAGAGUUGGGCUUGCAGUUCUUGCACAAAGCUGAAUCUGCCAUAUUAUGCCUGUAGUCUAUGAGCAACGAUGCUAAAUGUGGAUGUACCUCUUGGAAGAAUGAAUGAAAGUGGAUCUGGAUGUAACUUUUCAGGUCCUCAAAUCUUGCAUCUUUCCCACAGCCAAUUAAGAAUCUGUCAGGGAAGUUUUAAUUUGGGCUAAGGAGAGGCUCAUACAUUUAUGUGGUGAGUGCUAAGCUGGCUGUUAUGUUCCUCAUGCACAGAUCCAUUGGCUCAGUAGGAAGGGACCGUUUUCAGGAAGCAGAUGUGAUGGAGGCCACUUUUUUGGUUUCUCCCCUUGUUUUAGUGAGGCCCCUUUCAAUUCAGCUAUGAUUGUUAUAACUUAUAUGCAGGGUUGCAGAUGCUGUUCUUGGGCUGUUCUGCUUAACAGCACUUACGGGGCUACAACAAAUGAAAGAGAGCAUCCCUAAGGCCAACCGGAUGGAACCGUUGUCUGUCAGGAUCAGCCAGCUUGUUGUCUGGACAACAGCUACAGGUUUGUCUAUCCCACCCUACUAGCUAGGCUUUUUUAGCACUUUGCUUUCACAGCUUGGUGUGCUGUAAUGUAUGUUGAAUUAUCUGUCUUAUUUUUUCAUUGGUAAAGUGUCUUGACUUUACCCAAUUGUGUAAAGUGGUGCGAUGGCUAAGAGUGGUUUAGUUGCUUAGGAAAUAAAAAAUAGGUUGCAGUCCUGCGAGGGAAGGGAGUAUUGUCAGUUUGGCUGGAUUUAAAAAUCUCACAUGAAGGAUGGCUGAGUACUGAGAAGCUGCGGUGGAGGAAGCCGUUCAGGCACCUGGGGCGGAGUGAGCUGCCCAUAGGAGCGGGGCACACCGCGGGGCCUCUGGAGUCUGCUUGCCUCCUCCCACUUAGCUGCCGUACAGCGGGGGGGGGGGAGGCAGCGGGCGGACCGUUUGGGCAGUGUGGAGCCUGCGUGCGCCCAAGCCUCCCAGGAGAGACACUGCAGGCCCUGCAGUGAGUGCCACCCAGCAUUUUGUCACCCCUCUCAGUUGUAACACCCGGGGUGACCCGCACCCUUUCCUCUGCCCCUGCUGAGAAGUGGUCCUGCAGAUAAACUGAGUGAGAGCAAAGGAUCAAAGAGGCUGCAGGAAAGGUAGGCAGUGGAGAGAGAAAGAGCAUUACUAAGAAAGAAUGUUUGGAGAAUUGGUGGGGAGAAGAUAGAUAGAGGAUACAAGAGGGUCUUCUAAACCUCAUGAGAAAGUUGAGGUUUUUCCUAAUUGCAUUUUUAGACUGUAGAAACAAAAUUUAUUUACCUUCGAAUUUAUAUUGCAAAUUCUCUCCAUAAUUUUUAAAAACAUGGGAGCUGUCACCAGAAGCUGCCUAUACGCUUUGGGGUCUCUCUCCACCUCGCAGAUAUUAAAACUUGGUGGUAAUCUAAGCAUGGGGAACCCCCACUCUUCAUGUAUUGGGUCUCUACACCAAAUGGUUAGGCAGGAGUGUAUUCAUGGCCUAAUAAGAGAUUUGCCCUUGUUGCUUAUGGCCUUAACUAUCCUCUAUGUCUACCAUUUAUGCUCACCGUUGGGUAGUGGAUGACGGCUUUGCUAUAAGAGUCUCACUCUCUUCCUUGCAGUCCGUAAUGCUCUUGUGGUCCUGUUUGCUGGUCUCGUGGCCUACUCCUUCCAGGUAACAGGCUCCCAGCCCUUCACCCUCACAGGGGUUACGCCCCAGGGACUCCCAUCCUUCCAGCUGCCACCGUUCUCCGAGGUCACGCCCAAUGGAACCAUCUCCUUUGGAGGGAUGGUGCAGGUGGGUAUUUCAGUUGUUGCCAUAGGUUUAUAUGCCGAUAUAACACCCUGUUUUGUAGUUAACACCCCCCCAAAAACCCCAAGGCAGUUCACAACAAUAAUUACAAUUAAAACUACAGCCAAUUUAGUUAUGAAUACAGCUAGAAAGAAAUAAUUGACAGCAACAUUUUAACACAAUCCUCUGAAUGUGGUAAGAAGAGGUAUUUAGAUAAAUAUAGGUUUUUAAAACCCUUCCUAGCAACAACAAAAUAUAAGAAUUUAAUCUGAAUAUCUACUUCAAAUUCAAAUCAAUCCUCUCUCUCCUAUAAAGCCAGAAAAAAUCCUUUUGAGUUGUUGCUUGGAAUCUACAUAGAAUUGCUCUACAGCUCUUCUUUUCUUUCUUUGGGUAUUUUCAUGUGCACAGAGAAAGUAAUCCUUUCUGUCCCUAUACUAAAUUGAGCAGCACAUGAAGCCUGCAGUCCUUUGCAUUUGUGCAUCUCUGUGCUGGUGGAAGCUAGCACUGUACUCCUCUGCUCAGUUCUUGCGAUCUUUGAAGGUGUUCAAUCUUUUAAUUCUGGUCGCUGGAAAUGAUGGAAAGGAAGCAACUAAUUUAUUCUUUCCUGGACCUACCAUACUAUGGUAUGUUACAUGAUUCAGACUGAAUCAGCUGAUCUUUGUUUUUAAAUUGUUAUGCUUUUAUUGUAUGGUAUUGUUAUUGUUGUAUAACACUUUGAUAUAUUUUUAUGACAUGGUGUUAUAUAAAUAGCUCUAUAAAUAAGCAAAUAAACCACAAGAUUAUUGCGUUGCUUUGCAUAAGCUGCCUCGCAGAGUUGUUGAGGCAACAUCGAAGGAGUUUUAAAGGUGUCCUAUAAAUUUCAUAUACAAUAAUAGAAAAUUAUUAGGUAAAGUUUAUGUGAAUUAAACUAUUUCCCAUUCUCUUGUGCUGAGGCGGUGCCUUCCUUGGAAACCAUAAUUGACGGUAAGCACGCAGCUGUCUAAAACUGGUAGUUUUUGAGUGAAUAGCCUGAACUACGGGUAGACUCCUGUGUUGUCCAGUGUUUGUUGAUCAGAUGCCAUGGUAAGAAUACUGAGAUGCCAUCCUAUGUUUGCUGCAAGCUUCAUUUGUUGGGCACAAGUGACCUUUGUAGUAGAAUUAAGCCAUCCUCUCUCUUUUCUCCCCCGUUACAGAAAAUGGGAGCUGGUCUGGCUGUGGUGCCUCUGAUGGGACUUCUGGAGACGGUUGCUAUUGCCAAAGCUUUUGGUAUGGGGCCUCAAAUCUUUCAGCUUCUCUAGGCAUUGAGUCAAGGGGAAAAUUCACAUGGCAGCUAAUGGGAUUUGGGUUUGGGAAAACCUGUUGCCUUCUAAGGACUGUAUGCUUGUAGGGAGGAGGGAGUGAUGAUAAAUUUAGCUGCAACAUUAUCUCCUACUUGUUACCUAGCCAAUAAUGACCCCUUAACACCCAGCGAUGUGGAAAUUACCUGUUUCCAUUUGACAUACCGUAUAUACUCGAGUAUAAGCCGACUUUUUCAGCACAUUUUUUAUGCUGAAAAUCCUCCCUCGGCUUAUACUCGAGUGAUUGUUCUUUCAGGCUGCUCCUUCCUCCUCCCCUGCCUUUGCUUUCCUCUGCCACUGCCGCCACCAGCCUCUGCCUCUUGGCAGCACCCUAAGUAGGCAGGGGGUCGGGAGGGGCUGGGGGGGAGAGAGAAGCCCCCUCUGCUGCAUGCGCGCACAUGCAUUCCGACCCACCAGGAGGUUUGUGGUGUGGUGAACCGGCUUAUACUCGAGUUAGUAAGUUUCCCCAGUUUUUUGUGGUAAAAUUAGGUGUCUCGGCUUAUAUUUGGGUCGGCUUAUACUUGAGUAUAUACGGUAAUCCCACAGAGAGGAGUGCUGUGGUUGACUGCCCCAGUAGAACUGAUUGCAUGGGUCCCAUCCAGUGGGCACUGUGAGAUGGCAUCCCAUCCCCACCUAGGUGUUCUUCACUCUCUCUGUCUCUUUCCGAACCAUGGAUUAAAGCAGGGAUGGAAACCCUGUGGCUGUCUUGGUGUUACUGAACUACAAAUCCCAUUAUCCCUGACCAUUGGCCAUGCUGCCCAGAGUUUACGGGAGUUCAAAUCCAACAGUGUUCAGAGGACCACGGGUUUCCAUCCAUGGAUUAAAAUUAGGGAAAUUCCUUAACCUAAAAAUAUUCCCUGAGUAAGAUUCCUUUACCUAGAAAGGCAAAAAGAAUAACUUUGUUCAGGUAGUAGAACUCUCAGUAGAAAAGACAUUGCAGGGAGCAGAAAACCACAAUUUGGCUUCUGCUAGGUGGAUCCAGGCCCCUUUCCAGCCCUGUAUUUCUUGUUCCACAUUUGCAGCGACUUGUGGAGCUUUUACCCAUUAAGAACACCAGUAUUUCUAGGUUUCUCGGUGUUAACGUGUGUUCUCGAUUUCCCUUUUCAUUCUAGCCUCUCAAAAUAACUACCAAAUUGACCCCAACCAGGAGCUGUUGGCCAUGGGUAAGAUUUUUGCACGAACGGAUUGGAUGCUGUUGGCUGGGUGGGAUUGAGCCCUUUCACUUUGGAGUUGGGGAUGAGCCUGGGAAGGAAGAGCCGAAAUUCCCAUACAGGAAAAUGGCUUUAUUUCCAUAUAUUGUUUGAAGCGUUCCUGGUUCUUCCCUAAGCCAAAGAAGCAGGACUCCACAUCUUUUCUGCCUGUGUUCCUUAACCUCUCUCCCUCUGUGGCCUCCAGGUUUCACCAACUUCCUAGGAUCCUUCAUUUCAUCCUUUCCUGUCACAGGCAGCUUUGGCCGGUGAGUGGCUCCUAUUGUGGAUGAUACUUAGCUGCCCAGUGGCUCAGCUUAAAUAGUAGUGCUGGUUGCAUGUGCAGAAAUAGUAGUGCAAGGGCGUGUGCAAAAUCAUUUGCUAUGGACUCAUUUUUCCCACUUGCAUAACGGAUAUGCAAUUUGGGCUCCCUUUAUGUUUUUACUGUAUGGGUUUUAUUUUGUUUUUUUAUUGACGUAUAUUGCAGUCCAUUUCAAGAGACCACUAGGGUUAGUUUAAGUGGAGUACCGUAUUUUUUGCUCUAUAAGACUCACUUUUUCCCUCCUAAAAAGUAAGGGGAAAUGUGUGUGCGUCCUAUGGAGCGAAUGCAGGCUGCGCAGCUAUCCCAGAAGCCAGAACAGCAAGAGGGAUCGCUGCUUUCGCUGCACAGUGAUCCCUCUUGUUGUUCUGGCUUCUGAGAUUCAGAAUAUUUUUUUUUCUUGUUUUCCUCCUCCAAAAACUAGGUGCGUCUUAUGGUCUGCUGCGUCUUAUAGAGCGAAAAAUACAGUAUAUAACAUCUUCACAUAAAUAAUGAGAAGUGCAGGCUGCAGGUAAUGCUUGAGACCGAAUCCGAGGUUUGCUAGCCGUUCAUCCCUCUCGGUGGUGUCUAGAAAGAUGCCCUUGUUGCAAAAGAGCUGGGCGGAUAAUCCAUACUGAUAAAUAAGUAUUUGCUUGUGUGGGGCAGUGUGUGAAGUACUGUAUUUUCCCCAAUAUAAGCCAUACCAGCAAAUAAGCCACACAUUUAAAAUUCAAGGGGAAAAAAGAAAAAAAGACAAUACCCGAAUAUAAACGUGUGUGUCUGUCUGGGCCACUUUCUCACACGCUCAAGGCAUCCAGGCACCGCUGGAGAGAAAGACGGAGGGAGGGGGAGAGCAAACUUGGGCCGCUCAUGAGGGGAAGUUGAUCUCUUUCCCCUCAUGUACAACGCCCGCCUUGCUCCGCUCACUUGUGGCCCCACUUCUUAGAUUCUUCCCCACCACCCUCUACCUCACGGGCUGCUGUGGUUUGACCACAGCAAUUUUUGUAAGGUCGCAAAUUUAAGUCGCACUUUAACUUUCCACGGUCAGAAUUGGGGGGGGGGGGGAGUGUGGCUUAUAUUCGGGCUAAUACGGUAAUCAUUAGCUCUUGUUGUCUCUAGGCUGACUACAGUCCCUUAAAUGGGUCUAGGAAAGUGAAGGGGCUGUUUUCUGUUCUCGUAACCGCAAAGCUUGUUUAUGUUGCAGGACAGCAGUGAAUGCGCAGACAGGUGUCUGUACUCCUGCCGGAGGUCUAAUCACAGGUAGGAGCUAGAAGGAUGUCUUUGUGCCUGCUGUAUCUGAGUGGGGAUACAGAACUCUGAGGGGCUCACUGUGCUAUUUUAAUGCCACCCUUGUUUACUCACUUUUCCUUGUUUGCUCCAUAGGGGUCCUGGUGCUACUGUCUCUGGCCUUCCUUACCUCUGUCUUCUUCUACAUUCCCAAGGCUGCACUGGCAGCUGUCAUCAUCUGUGCUGUGGCUCCUAUGUUUGAUGCCAGGAUCUUCUACACGUUAUGGCAGGUUAAAAGUAUGAGCAUGAAUGUGUCCUCUUCUUUCCAGAGCUGAAAAGUCGGGGAUCCUGUAAUGUUUUCCUAACAAUAAUGGACCCGGUUAGAAUUCUUUAAAAUGUGCUGUGCAGUUCAUAUGACUUUAACAAAAGUAUCAUUCAUAAAUUUAAUUUUCUGACUUUCUAAUUUUUUAAUAAUUUGCACUAAAAGCCACACCUUAUUUUUCUCUGCCCUCCCCCCCCCCCCAGUUUUAGCAGCAGAUUUAGAGUUCUGCAAAUCUAAGGAGUUUUGAGUUGAUAUUCAUAACUUUUCAAAUGCUUAGAGCAUUUUUGUAUGUGGUGUUCAGAGUUCUUGGAUAGGCUGCUUUCAAGUAGUAACGCUGAAGCAGAGCAACGUAGGUUGUUGUAAAUAUAUAAAACAGAGAAUGUUUCCUCAUUCUUGUAACUUUUCUGGCUCUGUGAACAGGAAUUGAGAAUCCUGUUUCAUAGAUACUUCUGGGAAAUCAUAUAUUCCUCACUCCAUGAUCUCCCAUGGUAGCACCCCCUGAAUUUGAAAUAUCUCUCUAUGAUGUCCCUUUCACAUUUAAACAAAAGAAUAUUAUCUUCUUGGUUAUGGAAAGUUACCAACUUAAAGGAUGCUGGCAUCUGCUGGACAAAUGGAGUAUCUACCAAAGUCUAGUGUGUUUCCAAAAGCAGAAAUAAAUAGCUAUACUUUCCUUUCAGAACUAAUGUCCAGCUUUUCAUCAGCACAAAACUGCCUGUUGAUGUUUUUCUCUUUGUCCAGAAACGUGACAAAAAGAAUGUAAAGAGACCACUUAUUUGAUGAAGCACAGAUUAAAAAAUAAAAUGAAAUUCUCUAUAUGCUAGCUGAAACUAACCCCAUCAAACCCUUGCAGUCUGAGGUAUACCAUAGUGAAAAUGGAAUUGGGGUGUUCUUUAUUUUGAAUUAGUUCACCCAGAAGACUAUUUACCCCUGGCUCUGCCAAUCACUGGCUCUGGCUCCACCCACUGCCAGCAUGCAGCCCUUCACAGACUAGCCCUGAGGGGAAUGUGGUUCCCGGUAGGAAAUAAAGCUGUCUAGCCCAUUUUUAUGUUAUGGGAUGGGUUCUGGGCUCUGAUUUGGUUAAUGGUAUAUCUCUAUGAGUCUAGAAUUGUUGCGGGGUGGAGAGGGUACAAGUCUAAAUAGAACAUUGUAUUAUAUGACCUCCUAGUUGCCUCAGCCCCAUCACUAAUGAGGUAAAAUCUCUUGGUGACAUCUUCGUUGGUAAGAAGCAACUAUUUAAUGGCCUUGGCCCAGUAUACCUGAAGGAGCAUCUCCACCCCCAGUGUUCAGCCCGGACACUGAGGUCUAGUUCCAAGGGUCUUCUGGCAGUUCCCUCACUGCAAAAAGUGAGGUUACAGGGAACCAGGCAGAGGGCCUUCUCGGUAGUGGCACCUGCCCUGUGGAACGCCCUCCCAUCAGAUGUCAAGGAAAUAAACAACUAUCUGACUUUUAGAAGACACCUGAAGGCAGCCCUGCUUAGGGAAGUUUUUAAUAUUCUGUUGGGAGCUGCACAGAGAGGCUGGGGAAACCCAGCUGGAUGGGCAGGGUAUAAAUAAAUUAUUAUUAUUAUUAUUAUUAAUUUUAUUUUGCUGUUCUUUUCUCUCCUUCACUGUGCUCUGCGGCAGCCAUCUUGCUGCAGGACUGGAAAAGUCUGAGUCCUACAUAGUCAUUCCCCUCCCCCUUCUCCCUCAGGGCUGGACCUGGUGCCGCUGUGUGUAACCUUCUUCUUCUGCUUCUGGGAGGUGCAGUAUGGAAUCAUAGCAGGCGUGCUGGUCUCAGGUAUUCUCCUGCUAUACCCCAUUGCCAGGCCACGGAUAAAGGUUUGUUAUGAUCCCACUGAGUCAGAAUGCAAGAGCUUAGGAGGGAAACCCAUAAAACACAGAACAGGUUUACUGUAGUACAGCUCUAAUAUUUGAGAUACUGCAAUAGCAAAUAAAUAAAUCAUCUUUUGUAUCCAAUUGCUACAACUUGCUCGUGACCCUCUUGAAGUGUAAAACUGGAGAGUGGUUGCCUUGUGCAAUGCACAGUGAAGAAGGCAGCAUUUUUUAAUAUACAUUUAUAUCCCACUCCUCAUCUCCCAAUCAUUUUUUCCCAUAUGGCUGAAAUAUCUAAUAUAGGCAAUAGGUGUUGCACGUCCCUUCGCUAUGAGAGCCUCUGGGGCAUGUUUCCUUUGGCUUUCAAGAAAGGAAGGGGGGAAAUUGCUGAACAGUAACAAAGCCUCAUCCUGUUUUCCUCACGGCACUUUCUGGCAGGUCCUGGAGCAUGAGCAGGAGACACUAUUUAUACAGCCUGCUGGUGGCCUGUACUUCCCAGCCAUUGAGUUCCUGAGGGAUACAGUGCGCAAACGGACUCAGUCAGGUAAAAUGAAGAACGGAAAGCUCCUGGUGUGGUGCUGGCUGUGAGGAAUUGAACUGGCUCCAGAAGUAAAGGCCUCUUGCCAUCUGAACAAAAGGACCAAACCGCUUGGGGCAAUAAUAUUUGCAUAGAAUUGCACCUUAGGGACACAAGUGUUGUUCUGAGGAGAUGAUGAUCUGUUCAAGAGGAACUAAUAUUCCUGGCCCUACGGGUGCCUCUGGGGGAAAAAGAAGUGAGGUCUAUGCUUGAGCCCCUCACCCCACCCAUGAAUUUCAGUAAGGAAACAAACUCCACCCUCUCGUAAUUUGGCAUAGGGAGAUACAGCUUGUUCCAAAUGUGGGAGAAUUCUGACUUGCCUCUCUUCGACCCAAAGUGAUAAAGCAGGCAACAUGGGGCUACCAGCACUUUAGGAUUCCAGCUGUUCUGGGAGUUCAUGGCACCAGUAACCUGCCAUGCUGCAUUUUGACAGUAGUGAAGGUGGAAGCAGGAAUUUGUUAAUGGUGCUAUAUGUUAAUGGUACUUAGUUCCUACCUGCUGCCAGAUAAAGAGGAAUGAUCCAAGUCUCAGGAUAUCCUGUUUUCUCCUAACACACCAGCUGUGGGGAGGACUAGUGCAGCCCAAGUGUCAAAGAAGCUUGUAGUUAGUGGGGUCAUGGCUUGAAACUGACCAUCGGCCAGAACUCUCUUGGUAUGAGUAGCUGCCCUGUCUGCGUUCGCCCUUUCUUGAGCACGCUGUUUCUCGAUUACCUUCAGAGUCUCGACUGUGCAACAUCAUUCUGGACUGCACCCACGUCAGCAGCAUUGAUUACACAGCGGUACUGGGCCUGUCUGAGCUGCUCCAGGAAUUGCAGCAUAGGAAACUCUCUCUGGUGUUUAUUGGCUUGCAGGUAGGUGGGGGAGAACUGCAACCUCAGAGGAGCAAUCACACACUGUGGCUGGAUUUUGUGAAACAAGCUGAGCAGGCUUAAGACCCAGUACUCAUCAUUUAGGGGAUGGGCACUGUUUAGCAGUAGAGUUUGUUGCUUUGCAUGUAGCAAGUACCAGGUUCAAUCCCUGGCAUCUGUCUGUCUGUCUGUCUGUCUCUGUCUCUUUAAAGGAUAUUGGGAGCUUAGCUUGAGACCUUGGAGAGUUGCUGCCAUUCAGAGUAGACAGCACUAGGUUAAAUUAACCAGUUACCUGAUUCUACAGUAAGUUUCUAAAAACAUGAAGCAUCCAACAUCUUCCUUUAAGUACAGCCCACCCAUUUAAAAAAAAAAAGGGGGGGGUCUAUUGUGCCUGGAUCAAUGUGUUCCAUAAAUAUCAGCCAGAGGAUCCUUUUAACCAGAGAUGUAAGGGUCAGGACAUAUAAAAGCUUGGAUGUAACUCUGCCUUUGAGCAGUGGACUAUUUCCAUCCAUCCAGGGUCCUUCUGGUCUUUGAGAUCUUCAGGGGCUCCCCUGAAUGCUUUGGGACAAGUUGGAAUAUGACUGACCAAUUCUUCCUUAUCAUUCCUUUCCACAGACACAGGUUCUCCAAGUCUUCCUGGCUGCUGGUCUGGAAGGAUUCCAUCAUUUCCCCAACCUGAAGGAUGCAGGUGAGCAGUGUCAGGCAUUUCUAUCCAGCUGGGGCGAUGGCCAUCUUGAGCCAGUGUCCUUGUAAAGGUGGUUGGUGUCCUGGAACUACCUGGUGCCUCUUAGUCCUGUGGCCAGUGGCAAAGGUCGGAAAGACCACCUGCUUCCUUCUGCAGCACCAAGACAAUGGGCGUUUGGGGCAGAGUUCCUUCUGGUGGGAGGUGGAAUGGGGAUCCCUGCAUCUCUUUAAUCUCUGAUGAAUAUAGCUAGUCUCACUUUUCCUUUAUCAUGGCUUUCAUCCCAUGAGGGAAGGCUGUAACCUCUGGCCAACAUCAUUCCCUUGCUUCUGCACUUUCCCUCAAGCAUUAAGCCUUUUGAAGGAAUGUCUUGUUGGUCUUCAUGGAACCUCAUCCCCCAUUUCUCUUUUUUAAAAUCACAGGUGGGAUUUGACUUGUUAAAACAUAAAAUGAAUCACAGUCUUAACAAAAUGCAUCUUUCCCCGCUUUUGUCUUUUCUGCAGAGAAGAGCCUUGAAGAGGAACUGAGCCAUGUCGGUGAAGCCUUGUUGGAUGGCAGCGACAGCAUACUGCCAACAUCUGGGAUCAUCCAGUGA